UAAAGAAACUCAAGUUUUAUUUGGAGCAAGGUGCGCGAAAUCACGUUUUACUUUUUCAAUUUUGCUUUAGCCCUUUCUCUGCAUUUAAUGACCAAAGGCAUUUCAAAGUAAAAGAGACACCGAAUAGAAACUAUGUGCUACAGAUGGAAUCAUCUUGCAGAUGUGAAACUAAGUUUAGAGGAUGAAGACAAGACAAUAAGUUGUCAUUGUACGAGAGUAUUUAUUAAUGAUAAUGAGCUAUAUAGACAAGGAUUGUAUGGGAAAUUUGAGGACAGUGAGGAGGAAGAAGAGGAUGAGGACAAAGAGAACGACCUUGAGGAUUCUAGUGAAAAUGAAUCACACAAUGAAGAUGAUGAGAAAAUAUGUGAACAGGACGAGGAACUGAUGAAAGCCAUGGGAUUUGCUUCAUUUGGAGGCAGUUCAAAGAUAGAGCAAACAUCAACAAAGAAGAAAAAGAAGAAUCAUGGACAUAAGAAGAAGAAACAGAGGAAAAGAAGAAAUAAGGAGCUGAAUGAUGAUAGUGUUGUUGGAGAUUUACAUCCUUAUAAGGAACUGGACUUUGAUACUGCAUGGGAGAGUUACUGGGCACAAUAUGGAGAAUAUCUAGUAUGGGAAGGCUGGGUGAACAAAUAUCCAGAACAAGUUGACUUCAACGAGUACCGAGGCAUGCCAUGUGUGUCUGAGAUAGAAGUAACAGCUGACGGAGAAAUGAUCAUAGAAAAAUCUCCUGGUAGAAUUGAAGAGGAAAAUUCUGAAUCAAAGGAGAUUUUUCCUGAAGAUGCAAAUAAAGAGACAAACACAGACAAUGGUAAAGAUAACGAAAUGUUAGGUCAAAAUGAAGAAGAAAGACAAUUAGCUGAAACAAAGGAAACUGAAAAUUUGCAAAACAGACUUGAUUCAGCAGGCUAUUCUGGAUUUCAGACAUCUUACAAUCGUGCAAUAGAAUCAACAAUGAACAAUUUAAAGGAAACAGAGGAUCAUUUUGAAAUAUCUGACUUGGAAACUGCAGAAGCUAAUAAUUUAGCCAAUCAAAAUGUAGAAAUGGUUCACAUGAUGCAUUGUUAUUCUUCAGGCCCAGGUCAGAGUUCACAAACAGAAAAUUAUGGAAAUGAAGACAAUGAAGAAGAAACGAGUACAGAUGAUGUUGAAUGGCAAGAUUUAUGGAAUGAACAUUACACAGAGAAUUACUGGUAUUACUAUAGUCAGUUUAAAGAGGAAUUUCAAAAGUUAGAAACAAAAAAUCACACAGUGACAGAAUGUCCAUUUAUAUCUGGUGACAUUGAUUCACAUGAUGUAUGUGGUACCUCAGUAUCAUGUGAUGUGGCAUCACAUGAUGUCUGUGGUACAUCAUUGCCAGGUGGUAUGGAGUCACAUGAUUUCUGUGGUACCUCAGUUUCAUGUGGUGAAGAGACACAAGAUACAUGUGAUACCACAUCAGCACUAGAAUGUCAGUCAAGUGAAAAUAUGACACUGGAAAAUAUCUUGGAGUCACAUGGCUCAGUAGAAGAAAAAAGUAGUGGAAAUAUUCAUAAAGACUUAGAAAAUUGUAAUCUUACCAAAAAUAGCUUAAAUGAUUGUCUUACACAUAGUGAGGAUUCAAAUAAUUACAGUUCUUGUUCACAUGACAAAUGUUCUGAUUCUAUAGGUGUUGUUAAUGUAGGUUCAUCUCAUUCCAUUGAAACAGAAACACGACAGAACAUUAGUUAUGUCACUGAUUGUGAACCGUGUGAAGGAGCUGGUGGUGGUGAACCAUGUGAUGGAGCUGGUGGUGGUGAACCGUGUGAAGGAGCUGGUGGUGGUGAACCAUGUGAUGGAGCUGGUGGUGGUAAAAGGAAGCAUACUAAGAAGUCUAAAGCUAAAACUUUCUCUUUAGGGUCAUUGGUAAACAAUUUAAGAACUAACCCUGAUUCUGCAGCGGGAGAUAUAAAUGGUAGUGGGGAUGGAGAAGAGCCUCCUGAUGACAAACCUAUAGAACUACCUCACAGUCAUGAGGUAGAUGAAGAAACUGAGGGAUACAAGGACAGACUAAAACACCUAGGGUUUUCACUGACUGAAGAUGAUGCUAAGCUAUCUAAAAAGAUGAAAAUCAAGGAUGGAAAAGUUGAAUACAAACAUCCUAAUGCCAAGAAAUCUACAGCAUAUGUUAAUUUAGGAAAGAAAAAUUCCCAUGUCAGGUUUGAUAGUGAGGGUAGUAUUCUUCAGCCAAAGACAAGUAAAGUUCUGGGUAAAGCUAAAAAUUUUAUGGAAUUAACCAAUACAGAGACAGACAUGACAGAGUUGAAAGAUCAGCAUGACCCUAAUCUUCAAUUACAAUUCCCAGAAAACUUUAAAAUACUUAAUAAUUUGGAGGAUAGUGACUCUAAUGAUUCAUCCGUUUCUGAUAAUGAAGUUAAAUCAAAAGAAAAAACUGUUGUUGAUUCAAAAGGUGAUAAUGUAACAUGUGAUAUCUCAGAAAAAACACAGAUUCAGUCACAUGGAGAUCAAUCAAGUAGUGGCCAGCUACAUAAGAUAAUUACAGAUGAAUCCAUUGGUAAGUCUGAAAACCAAGACCAUAACAGUUUUACAGAGACUACAAAUUCAUUAUCCUUGUACAAUACCGAUGAAGUGAAUGAGGAGCUUAAUUUGUAUGGGUUUUUAGAUGAUAAUAUGGAUGAUGUCCUUAGUGAUACAUUGGAGGAGUCAGCUGACAUAGAUAACAUUCAACAGAAAAAGGGGAAGAAGAAAAGAAGGAGAAGGAAACAAAUGCCAGUUCCAGAAGAAAUAGAAAAUGAUAAAGAAUUGAAGAAAUACUGGGCUCAGAGAUACAGGUUGUUUUCUAAGUUUGAUGAUGGGAUAAAGAUGGACAGAGAGGGCUGGUUUUCUGUAACUCCUGAGAAAAUUGCAGAACAUAUUGCUGACAGAUGUCGCUGUGAUAUUAUAGUAGAUGCCUUUUGUGGUGUUGGUGGAAAUGCUAUACAGUUUGCUUUUACCUGUAAUCAUGUAAUAGCAAUAGAUAUAGACCCAGUGAAGAUAGAAAUAGCCAGACAUAACGCCUCUGUGUAUGGAGUGGAGAACCACAUAGAAUUUAUACAGGGAGACUUCCUAAAGGUUGGACCUACAUUAUCAGCUGAUGUAGUGUUCCUCAGUCCACCAUGGGGUGGUCCAGACUACCUGACUGCUGAAGUAUUUGACCUGGAGACCAUGAUAGAAAUUGACGGACUAAAGAUAUUUGAUGUUGCACAGAAGAUCUCAAAAAAUAUUGUGUACUUCGUUCCAAGAAACACAGACAUUGAACAGUUAACAGUGAUAGCUGGACCUGGAGGCAGAGUAGAAAUAGAACAAAACAUCCUGAAUAAAAAGUUAAAAACAAUCUGUGCCUACUAUGGUGAACUAAUACUGGAUGGAGAAGGAUAUGAUGCCCAAGAACCAGGUGAUGACAUGAAACAAACUGAUCAGCAGAAUUUAAGAGAGACUCCCACAGCUGAAGAGGAAUGCAUUGAAGUGAAUCAUAGAGAUGAGCAAAAUCUUGGAGAAACGAAUAGAACAAAUAAGGUUCUUAAUGACCCGAGACACAGUGAUCAGGAGGAUCUUGAUAAGAUAGAACACGAAAACACUGAGAAAUUUAUUUCUGAGCAAAGUGAACAAAACAUUGAUAUUGAACAGAAAGAUUAAUAUGAAAAUAAUAUUUCUUGUAAAAAAAGAAAAAUGAAAACAGACAAUCAAUGUAAAUUACUUGCCAUUCAGACCACUCAUUCUCAAGUUACGGUGGCUAAGGCAUAUGCUUAAAUCAAUUAUAAUAAAGGUUACAAAAUUACAUUAAAACCUUUCAUACAUUAUACCUAAAUAAACCUGUUAAUCAAAA